AUUUAUUUAUUUAUUAUUUGGAGCUAUGUUCAUGGUGUUCAUACAAUUUUCUGUAAAUUAUACAUAUGAUGAUUCAUGAAUCAUAAUAAUCGCUGAUAAAAAAUUUCCUAUGUAUGUACAACAAGUCGUUCACUUAAACAAUUUAUAUUCAUUCUAACGCAUUAAUUUACUCUGGAAAAUAAACAGUUAUUUGUUGAAAUAAAAUUUUACAAUUGACUAAACACUUGUCAAAUCCAAACAAUCAACAUGACAUCAAACAGUACAUGUGAUAUUGAGGAUGAAGUAAGAAAAGCUAUUCGAGACUUUAGAUUUCGAAAAAGUCAAAAAAAUGCUGCAUUGAUAUUAAAAGUUAAUAGACAAAAGCAGACUGUUUGUUUGGAUGAACUUAUCGAGAAUAUUGAAAUGGAGGAGCUUCAAGAAACAAUACCAAGUCACGAGCCAAGAUACAUUGUUUACAGUUAUAAAAUGGAACAUUCUGAUGGCAGAAUAUCAUUUCCAAUGUGUUUUAUAUUUUACACACCACGUGGAAUACAAAUGGAGUUACAAGUUUUAUAUGCAAGUAUGAAACUUGUGUUACAAAAAGAAGUUGAAUUAACACGUUGUUAUGAAGUUAGAGAAUUAGAAGAACUCACUGAAGACUGGCUUAAAGCAAAAUUAGUUAGAUAA